AUGAUCAUCCCAGACCAUGUCGACCAAGACCCUAUGCAUCAGUUAUGGGGGCUCUUGACCGAGAUUGGGGAACAGCAGAACCAAAAUCGCAAUAUUGCCCAUGAAUUGCAUACAAAGGCGAACGAUUUGAAGUCGCAGGCGGUUCAUUCACAGACGGGAUUUGUACUUCGACGGUUUAAUUUGGACAAAUCCAAAGAAGCGUAUGAUGCCGAGUUGUCUCGGAUGAACGCAGGGAUAUCACUGGAGAACCAAGGCCUUCAGUAUGACAACAAGCAGCUCAAUUCACUUAUCAAAGACUUCGAAACAACACUCGAGUCCUUGAUGGGCAAAUUCCGUAACCGUGCUAAAGAUGUGCAGGAACGGGAACUCUCGCUGAUUAGAGACUAUGAAACGAAACUACUGCUUCUUGAAGAAGAGAAUUCAAAGCGUGAGCUGGCUAAUAGCACCACAAUAUCAGAGUCCCUUGCACGUUUGUCCCAUGUUCUAAGACAAGUCUUGAAGAUGCAAUGUGGCGAACCGAGCACCCCUCUUCCAUCCCAAGCCCCCACUAUAUCCCUCGCUGAGCCUGGCAUUGGAGCGGACGUUGACCUAGAGGAUCGGGAACCUUGGAGGGCAGCCGUAUUUGCCGAGCAAUCCCUGGAAAGGGACAUCGAACUCGCUCGACUGGAAAAAGAGAACGAGGAAUUACGCAGGAUGCUGGGAAUAGUGACACCGCUUCAGCGACGACAAACCCGAUCCGACCACGAUUCCAAUGGCAGCAAUGAAGCGCUACACGAUCAAGGACAGGGCUUUACAGGCAGUUCAGAGCAUCUCCACGAUCCGUCUCGAGGUCAACGACAGGCCGCGCGAUCGCUCGGGCCAUAUGGCACAUUCAAAAGGAAACCUUUCGGUGGUUAG